GACGCGACGGGCGACGGGACGGCGCCGCCGCCUCCACCCUCCAGGCCGCCGCCUCCACCCUCCAGCCUCCGGCGCUCCGCGGAUCCGCGUCCGCCGCCCACCUCCCGGCCGGAAGCCUCACGUCGCCGGCUCGCCGCCCCAGCUAGGAGGACAAGAUGAAUAAAAGAAACAGAAUUGAUAGUUUUUUCCAAUUGCAAACCACAGAAUCGGGCACUUCAACUCAAGCUAGUGUUAAUAAUCCCCGUGUUACAGCUGCACUUGGGCCUGGUGAUAUUGAAUCAGAUCCUGGUUUGAGAAAACCAAUUGAGCAAUUGGAUCCAGAUGUUAGAGAUCUUGCUAGAAGGGAGUAUAUUAGUAGGGGAUCCAGAUGUUAACUAAUCUUGCAAGACCUGGUGAUACACGGUGGGGAUCACAUCAUAGGACCUUAUGCUGCCUUAUUUUGAUGUUGAAACCUGUUCUGAAGGUAUUAGAAAAUCUAUUCCUUGAUGCAGAGAAUGUUACACAAAGAACCACAGCUGGGGGUUGAUAAAGCACAUGGAGACAUUUGAAUUUGUUCUCAUAUUGCAUAUUAUGAUUAGAAUAUUGGGCAAGACUAAUGAUAUGUCAUAUUGCUUGCAAAAGAAGAAUCAGAACAUUGUGCGUGCUGUGGGAUUGAUCAAAUCCACAUUGGAUAGAAUUCAAGAGAUAAGGCAGGAUGGUUGGGAUGGGCUCCUUCAAGAGGUAACUGACUUUUGUCUCAAAUACAACAUUGUAGUGCCAAACAUGGAAGAUACAAGGACAUCCAAUGGUCGUUCAAGGACUUGGGGUGGGCAAUUGGUUACAUAUUAUCAUUAUUUCAGAAUUGAAAUAUUCAAUGUUCUGCAUGAUCAAAUUAUUGUUGAGUUGAACAACCGCUUUGCUGAAAGAUCCACUCAAUUGUUGAGAUGCAUAGCUUAUCUUGAUCCUAGAAAUUCAUUUGCCAAUUAUGAUGAAGACAAACUAGUUGAGCUUGCUAAUAUGUAUGUUGCUGACUUCUCUACAUAUGAAGUCGCUUUUGUCCUUAGAAACCAAUUGGAAUCAUUCAUCCAUGAAGCAAGAACUGAUUCUCAUUUGAUGAACUGUAAUGACCUUGGUCAUCUUGCCAUGAAGAUGGUUCUAGCUGAUAUGCACACAUCUUUCCCCUUGGUUUAUCGCCUUGUUGAGUUAGCAUUAAUUUUACCAGUUGCAACUGCAACAGUGGAAAGGGCCUUUUCAGCAAUGAGCAUCAUCAAGACUAGGUUGAGGAACAAGAUGGGUGAUGAUUGGAUGAAUCACAGAAUGGUCUGUUAUAUUGAGAGAGAUGUAUUUGUUAGUAUUGAAGAGUCAAAGAUCAUAGAGCGGUUUCAAGGAUAUUGCUCUCGUAAAGGCCUUUUACCUCGUCCUAGAAGGCUGGCUUCUUCUACUACCGAAGAUGAAGUCAUGGGAGGCUCGACAAGCUGAUCAUCAUUUGGUACCAUAUUUUGUAGUUUUGUUUCAUGUAUGCUACAUAUUGCCUUUUAUUAUAUCUGAAGUUGUGAGUUGAAUUGUUGAAACACCAUUAAAUAGAGUGCUUAAAUUAGCUAUAUUCUGUUAUGCCUUAGAACUGGGGUAAUUAUAGACAAAAAAAAAUUUGCCCUUUGUUGUUCGCCCGUGGCGUGACAAAUUCCUGGCUCCGCC